AUGUCGGACUUACCGAGCCCUGAGGCUCGUGAAUUGAGUCUGAUAGGCAAAGUGGAAUUCAGAAUCGCCAUGGCAGAUACUGACGAGAAGCUUCAAUCAUUACUUCAAACCUAUCUAGCUCCACUACUGCUGAAGCUCUCAUCAGAAAGUGUGGAGGUACGCAACAAAAUCAUUUCGGUGUGCCAACAUGUCAACGCUCGGAUUAAGGCCCCAUCCAUUCAGCUGCCAGUCGCAGCAUUAUUAAAGCAGUUCAAAGAGCAAAAGUCCCAACUUGUCAGGCAUUUUGACUUGCUAUAUGCUCAGCAAGGUAUUGACCGCCUCAGUUCGGAGGCCAGAGUUGAGGUCCUGCCGCCCCUGCUCCAGGGAAUUGCGCAGAUUGGGACAUCUGUUACUCAAGGUGCCAUCGUGUUCAACCUUGUACUGAGAUUGUUGCCUCUUUUCAAAUUACCCCCAAUGGGCGGCGAGGAAGAUCAGAAGUUGAAACAGCGUCUAGGCCUUUCUGACGAUGAUUCUGAAUUCUUAUCAUUCUGGCUAGGGAAGUUACUGCUUCUUUCUGCUGCUCCUACAGGUGCGUCCACAUGUCCCGGUCUUUCUCCUGAAGAAUAUAAAUUCUUGAACAAGGGUUCACCUAUCGGCGAAACAUGGAAUCCUGCUUCUCCAGGUGGUUUGAAUAUGACAGAGACCAAGGUCAUUGCUCUCCGGUUUAUCGGUAGUGGUGCGUUUGUCGAUACUCAGCGUUUCAUUCCUUCAUUAAUUGCAUCCGCGGAUUCAAAUUCCCGACUGAGUGAUCUGGGCGACGAAACUCUGAAGCGAUUUGCCGUCAAUCUCGAGGAAAGCCAGGUCGUUGAACAGCUGUAUGAUCUGUAUUUCGGAGCUGAGACAGCCGACGGUGCUCCACCAGCGCGUCCUCCCUUGCAAGCAAAAAUCAUCACCUUCCUAGGCAAAUCAAUCAAGGCUACGGAAAACACGCAGCGCAUCUUCAAGCUUAUUGAGGAUGGACUCUUGUCAGAUACCGCCAGAUCCGCUCAGGGGCUACAGGCUUCCAAAUUAAGAACUCAGAUCUUUAAUUUCACUACUUGGGUUGUGCGCAUGGGCUCGCCUUCAGAUCUCAAGCAAAUCGCGCCUAAGAUCAUCGCAGGCUUAAGAGACUUCAUACAGUCUCAGGGGUGGCCCAGCCCGGGUGCCAGUGGACAGAAGUUGCCUACAACAGACUUAAGUCUGCGAGGACUUGCCUACGAAAGUAUUGGUAUACUGGUACCCAAGGUUGAUUUCCAAACCCAGGUCGAGACCGAGGAGAACUUUGAGUUUGAUUUAGUUCGGUGGCUCUUCAAUUCUCUGAGUGCAGACGACUCAAGUCCGCAGAUCUUUGUUUCCAUUGAUCAGGCCCUAGGAAGUAUUCUCAAUUCCUCAUUGAACAGUCACGAUACAGACUUUCAGAAUCAGCUGCGCCCAUUCUUGGUCCGCCAAAUGAGCCUACUUCCCGGAGAUAUGAACUCUGAGACCGGGUUCAAUGUUGUUCGAGGCGUUCAAUAUGCUACUGUCCGCUUUGCUAAUCGUUUCCUCCCCUACAAUGAUAUCGUGGCUCGUUGGAUUGAUCUGAUGGCCAUCGCCAGGGGCUCGGGAAGACAACAGGAGGUCGUAGAGGAAGGCAAGAAAGGACUUCAUCCCUACUGGUUCCGACUUCUGAACCCGACCAAGGACGAAAAAUGGUCGGCCAGUACAACAACUCAUGAGCACGACGAGACUUGGUUUGAAUUUCCUUCAUUUGCUGAAACAACUAAAUUUUUACUUCGGUCAGAGGAGAUUGAUGAUUCUUCCAUGACCCGAGGCUUGUCAAUAUCACAACUUCUAUCAGGCCCAUACAAAAAUUCAUUCAUGCCUGCCAUUGCAUUCCUUCGAAACACCCUCAUCUGGGAGGCCUUCUCCGCAUCCGGUAUUACUACUGCCCUGGAGGAAGACUGGGACUACAAACUUGAAGUCCAGCUUUCAACCAGCGAAGAAGCCCGGGCUGCCGUACGACAGUACAUCCGCAGCUCUGCCAAAGAACCCGUUUUUGUUUUCUUAUCUGGUAUGCUCGAUGGAAUUGUCAGAGAUGAUAUUACUGGUCUUCGCCAGUGCGGUGUCCAUUUCGUGGAAAUCUGCUCAUUGGCACCCAACGACGUUGUCGAGAAGUUGAGCUCCCGGGCUCAGUCUUUGACCAGGCCCAUUUUGAGCAACAAUCAAGAUAUGCAGGGUCUAGCAGCCCGAGCAUUUGGCCUUUUAGUAUCUCAUCCUUCCUUUGCCGAGAAUGAGCGCAACACCUUUUUGACCCAGUUGGCUGCUACCAUCGAUUCAUGGAACGUUGCAGUGGGUGAAGCUGCACUUCGAGUGCGAGGAGCGGUCCUUGCUUGCUCAUACUUGCUGAGCAGGCUUGCAUAUCGCAGUCUUCUGAACAAGGUUCCUGAGACAGUAGUGAAAAAUUUCAUCGAUACCGUCUUCGACAUCAUUGAUGCUUCCCGUGAUACGCUCCUUCAGCGCACUGCAGAGCAAGCCCUUGGACAGCUCAGUUUAUCGGGUAUACUGACGGUGGAAUUUUUGCCCGAAGAAGGGUGGAAAAAGGUGCUACAAAAGUUGUCGAAAGACGCCAAAUCAGAGAAUGACACGCCUAUCACGACUCUCGGCCUAGUCACGUUGAUAUUUUCUCGAGCUCACGGAGCCACUUCUAUGUUCGGGGAAUUCAUGGAUAAUAUGUACAGCUUGCAUGAAAUUAAAAGCCCGGAAGUUCAAUUCACGGUAGGUGAAGCCUUGAGCAACGUGGCAAUUGGAUGGGAGUCUCGAGCGUUGAUCCAGGACUUUGACGUGGACGCGGGCUUCCCUCAGUCCGCAGUCCCACGCUCGGUGUUCGCCGAUGUUUGUGACAAAGUGACUGCAGAUUGUGUGGCGUCCAAACCGUCUCUCCGAAAAGCUUCCGCCAUAUGGCUUUUGUCACUUGUCAAAAACUGUGGCCACCUACCCGAGAUGCAGGAACGCCUACGCAAGUGCCAGGCCACCUUUACGAGUCUUCUUGGGAACCGAGACGAGGUGGUGCAGGAAACAGGGGCUCACGGUCUCAGUUUGGUCUACGAGAUCGGUGACCAGGCCCUGAAAGACAGUCUGGUUCACGAUCUUGUUGAUUCGUUCACAGCCACCGGUGCCAACCUUGGCGGUGGAAAUGUCAAUUCCGAUACGCAGUUAUUCGAGCCGGGAGCUCUGCCGACCGGCGAGGGAUCCUCAGUCAACACGUACAAGGAUAUUAUGAAUCUGGCGGCUGAGGCGGGAGACCCGACAUUGGUGUACCGAUUCAUGUCCAUGGCAUCCAAUAAUGCGCUUUGGACGAACCGAGCCGCUUUUGGACGAUUUGGGAUCAGCAGCAUCUUCUCUGACGCCAGUGUCGAUGGUUAUCUGGCACAAAACCCUAAGAUCUACCCAAAGCUGUUCCGAUACCGCUUCGAUCCCAACCCUAAUGUGCAGCGAUCUAUGAAUUCUAUUUGGCAGGCCCUGGUCAAGGAUCCCACCGUUGUGGUGGAUGCCCAAUUCGACAGAAUUAUGGAAGAUCUGCUGAAAAGCAUGCUUACAGGACGCGAAUGGCGCGUUCGGCAGGCGAGUUGUGCCGCCAUCGCUGAUCUAGUACAAGGCCGCCGCCCGGAGAAGUAUGUACAGUACCUGGAUGAGAUCUACACCAAAUCCUUCAAGCUCCUUGACGAUAUUAAAGAAUCGGUGCGAGUCGCGGCACUCAAACUUUGUCAAACCAUCACCAACUCGGUGAUUCGCACACUUGAGACAGGGGGAAACGAGAAACGCGCCGGAGCCCUUCUCGGUAGUGCGAUACCCUUCCUUCUCAGUGACAAGGGCCUUGAUUCCAGUGUGGAGGAAGUGCGCGGAUAUGCCAUUGGUGCUCUCGUCCAGAUUAUCAAGAAGAGCACUGGUACCGUGCUACACCCGUUCGUCCCCACCAUUCUCGAGAAGUUCUUGGGAUCCCUCAGUUCCCUUGAGCCUCAGGCCGUCAAUUACGUCCAUCUCAAUGCCGACAAGUAUGGACUCACCGGUCAAGAAAUUGACAAGAUGCGUCUAUCCAGCAUUCGCUCUUCUCCCAUGAUGGAAGUUAUUGAGCGGUUCCUCAUUGAUCAUCUGGAUGAGAAUAACUUGAAAGAGCUGGCCCCAAGACUCGAGAAUGUGCUCCGGUCAUCUGUGGGUCUCCCAUCAAAGGUAGGCUGCAGCCGAGUUUUGGUACUCCUGAGCAUGAAGACUCUCCUCUUUAGGCCGUACGCGGACCGGUUCAUCCAGCUACUGAGCAAGUACGUUGUGGAUCGCAAUGAAACAGUUAGCGCGUCUUAUUGCACCUCAAUGGGUUAUCUACUGCGCCUCGCAUCUGAUGAGAGGGUCCUGAAGACAAUUGAAUUUGCCAAAUGCCUAUAUCUGAAUGCGGAAGAGACGACAAAUCGCGCCAUCUCAGCAGAGAUUCUCUACUCCGCAUCCAAACUCUCAAACGACCGAUUCAUGGCAUUUGCCACAGCAGCUCUUCCAUUUGUGUUUGUCAGUAAACAUGAUGCAGAUGAAAAUGUUAAGGAAGAGUUUGAAAAGACGUGGGCAGAAAAUGUGGGAAGCCGAGCUGUGGCUCUUUACAUCCGGGAGAUCGUCAGCCUCGUAUCCGACAACCUGGAAUCGGCGCUGUGGGCCAUUAAGCAUACUGCGGCACGUGCGAUCGCCCAGGCGGUGAUCGCACUUGAUUCGGAGGUGGAUCUCGGGACGGCGCAAUUAGUUUGGCCUGUACUCGAGAAAGCUUUGGCGGGGAAGACUUGGGAGGGGAAAGAAGUGGUUCUGACUGCUUUGGUCAAGUUUGCUCGUCAGGGUGAGAGACUAAAAUACAAGGAAUACGAAGUGGGAUACGAGAAACCGGGAAACAGCGCUAACCUUGUUUCAUUUAUUCUUGCAUGGCAGACCAUCACAAUCCGUGAAGCAAAGCGAACCAAUGCAUCCUAUCGGCCGCAUGGACUCCGGGCCUUAGGUGAGAUUGCUCAGGCGCGAGGCAUCGACUUGAUGCCCGAAGCCAUUUCCAUCGUCACGCCCAUUAUUGAAGAGCAGUGUGAUAGUGCAAGUAUGGAGGUAGAUGGGGCAGUGGAUACCCUUGCAGCAGGAGUGCAGUGUAUUCUGCAAUGUUUGAACCCCGCCACAGCCGGUUCAGGCUCCGUGCUGGGAAAAUAUGUUUUACACGUGAUCAAUCCUUUAGACCAGGCCCUGACCCACGGUGCUAGACAAGUCGUCAGCGUCAUUUAUCUGGAGCUCAAAGCUUUUUUCGAACGAGUGGAGCAGUGGGCUGAGUCUGGCUGUGCGUCUGCAUCUGCAUCAGAGUCUGAAAUGUUGGGACCAAUGAAUGAACUGGCUCAUCUGCUGGAACGGGACCGGGAUGCUGUCGAGGCUAUCCGGAAGAUUCGUGGUGAAACCAUCCUGGCCUAUCUGAAGAUUCGGCCGGAGGUGCGAGGCGUGCCUGAGAAGCUUGGCUUGGCGGUGCGUGAGUGGAGGAAGAGUGAGCGAUCAGACAGCGUACAACGCAUACUGGACCAAGCUAUAGAGCGGGUUUAG